UUAUUGCAUUUUUUAUCCCACGCUGUGUUUUUAUUUCAGGACUCUUAUGCCUUCAACGCCUCUUAUGCUUACCGAACUGAAUUAACGCAUCCGUUCCACCAAAUAAUCACGCUCAUUUGAUUUCGUUCAGUUUUUUAUUUUCGUAACCGCAAAAUCCACAAUAAUCUCACUCAAAUUUUCAAAUUCAUCAUUAUUAUUUUUGAUAUGAAUCCUCAAUUUCACUUUCCGGCAAAAUUUGGGUCAAAAUCAUAUUUUAUCCGCGAGUGUUCGAAGGAGCGCAGUUUUUGGCAGGGGAACUUGUUGAAUCAACGACCCUUACGAGCUAAAAUUCCAGGUACAUGAAACUAUGAGGUAUCGUUCGAGCCUUCUUCAUUUUGCUAGGUUGUACCCGAGAAUAGAAGGAUUUAUUCGUACCGGGCAUGAUGAAGAGAUGAAAAAAACACCAUUUUGGAACUUGUUUAAGGCAUAUCGUGAUGGUCAUGUUACAAGUGAGUUUUGCAAAAAAAUUGACACAGAUGUUGCUAGAAUAGUAAAUCAGUACAAUAAAGAUAUGAAGUUCUUUGUGUUUGGGGACAUUUAUGCGAGGUUCACACCAAGUGAUAUAGCUGCAAUUCUUGGCUUGCCUAAUAUGGGUUACACACUUAAGCAUACUGGUAUGAAAGGUGUGAGAGUGAAACACACUACAUUUAUGACAAGGUAUUUUUGCGUUCAAAAGGAUCGGGUUACAAAAAGUGACGUUGAGGGUGCACUUAUUAAAUCGGUUGCGGGGGAUACAGAAGAAAGCAAAAAAGAUUUUGUAAGAUUGGUAUGCCUAUACUUCUGCAACUCUCUAUUAUUCUCCAACACAGCAACACAUGUUUCAUGGACCAUUGUCAAAUUAUGCGAAGACCUUGAUCAAAUAGGUGGCUACAAUUGGGCAGCGGCUACUUUUGACUGUCUGUUCAGUUCACUUCACAGGGCAGUCAACCCGAGUUCAGUUAACGGUUGUGUGGUUGCAUUAUUGUUUUGGGCUUGCGAUAAAAUGGGAAUGUGUAACAAAAUUGCUGGAAGGGAAAACAUAUGCCCGAGCUUUUUAAGGUGGAGCAUGACAGAUUUCCAUGAAAAGCUUAUAGUAACAGAUCUUGCCACUAUGAAGUCACAUGUGAACCACGAGAUGGUGCUUUAUGCACACGCGGAUGAUGAGAAUGUACCCAUAAAACUGGAUGAUAUACUUGGAAACGCUGUCAAUAAGGAGGAUGAAAACCACGCCAAUUCACAUAGUCCAGCAACUAAACUUGUCGAAUUUGAUGCUCCAAAUUGGCAACUCAUUGCAACACAAGAUUUUUAUUCCUCAUCAUCCAAGUUUUCCCCGAAUGUCAGCCCACGUGUGAUUGCAACGAAUGGGAUGAACGACAGUGCAGCGGAAAAGAACAACCCGCAGUCUGGAAUGAGUGAAAUGGAUAUUAGAUGUGAAACGGCUGAAAUAAAAGUGGAUGUACUGACAGAGUCAUUGAUUAUUGCUGAUAAUGAUUUGGAGGCUGCACGGAUGCAAAUAGAUACACUAAUUGAAGAGAACAAGAAAUUGAAAAAACAGUUGGCUGCAAUACAGAACAUGGGUUCGUAUUCGUCAGUACUAACACAGUGCUCCAUGUACAGACGAAUCAAAACAAGAGAAGGCAGGAUAAGGCGCAGGCUACCUGAUUUUAGCUAUGGAAGCACUAUUAAAAAGCGAAAUACCAGUAUGAAACGGGCAAGAAACUCAGCUGAGUGCAGUGUUGCAGCCCAUGAUGUCAGUCGGAAAAAGGUAAGAACCGACUCAAAAAAGAUUUGUAAAAAGAAGAAUGUGCUGAAACCAAUUUCUAUUAUAGACCCUGACUUUGUAGAGCCUAUGCGAACAAUGCUUGAAAAUCCGAAAGAGAAAAACACAUUUUGCGAUAGUGCUUCUAAGACUGUUGAUAAGCAUCCAUUAGUACAACAAAAGCAUGUUACCAGUGAUGAAGGCAUGAACUGGGACACCGAUGCUGUUAAAAAAAGACUUGAACUUAAAAAAACCCCUGUGGGUCCAUACUUUGAUGAUGAUGACUUCAACAGGCUUGAGAAAUUUGUGAAUGUUGAAUAUUCAGGGACUGCAUUAUGGAAAAGUGAUCGAGCUAUCAUCCUACAUGAGGAUAUUAUGUUCUUACUCACUAACCAAGCAAUCACUACAAAUACAAUUGAUGCAUAUGGAGAUAUCUUACACAUGCACCUAGAUAAUGAUAAUAAGAAGAUACAGAGGGAAUCGUAUUUCAUGUCUGCAAAUAUAUGGGAAUUCAAGAUCUCCAACAACCUAAAGGCUCUUGAAACAUUUCUUUAUAACCCAUUGCUUAAAGUGUUUGGCAAGUAUGACAUGAUAUUCUUUCCCAUAAGGCAUGGUUUUGAAGAUCACUACACUUUAGCUCUACUUGACACCAUAGAAGGGAAGUGGUACCAUUACAAUCCACGCCUUCCGGAAAAUGGAAAUCUGCAUAAUCCAUGCUUUAACGAUGCUGUGCAAUUAAGUAAGAUGGUGAUGGAAUUCCUAAAACAUCAUCAAAAGCGUUCGAUAUUUGCACUUCGCGAGGGAGUUAUUGUCAAGGGUUUAUUCCACCCUGAUAGUGGUGCGAUGGAGGGGAAAAUGUACCCAAUGUCAAAUGAUGAAAAACUUACAUUUCAGAGUAUAAAGGAUAUCCACAUUGAUUGGCCAAUUGUGCUUGUCCAAAAGUGCCCACAACCUCCUCCAGGCUCGCUUGAUUGUGGCGUCUCAGUGUUAUAUUAUAUGGAGCACAUGUCAAAGAUGUGGCCAAUAAUGGAAAAUUUUGAUGACGAUGAACUGCUCGAGUAUAGAGCAACAUGUGUGGGUGCAUUUCUGAACGAUGAAUCUAAUUGGUCGCAUGCAUAGGGCACCAACAUGCAGUCAUGGCUAUGAAUCUAAUUUGAUGUUUUUGUUUUAUGGUAAUAGAUAUGAUGUACUUUGUGUACUUUAUGGGUUUAUAAGAUUGUUUUUUUUUUAUGAGAACCAAUUGACGUUUGAAUCCAACUAAUGUGAUUACAUUUAA